AUGCUCGAGUUCCAGAGCGCAGUCGACGACGUCGUCGCUGCCACGUAUGUCCCGGCGACCAUGGAGCUCGUCGCUCUUGGCUCGACGUGCGUGCUCCGGCACAAGGUUCGGCCAAGUGCAAAGGCCACGACGCCGCUCUGGCGCCACGGCGCCGACGUCGACGUUAGCGGGAGCCGGCUCCUCUGCAGCUCGAGCGAGUACAUACUUUUGCAGCUUGCCGGUGACACUACUCUCGCGCUCUACAACGUUGGCGCCGACACCAUGGUCGUCGAGACGAUUCCGUCGUCGCUGCAGCAGCCCUUUCUUGUCGCUGCCAUGUCGCCCACCAGCGCGACCGUCGUCCUGCUCGCCUCGGACCCCAACGCUGCCGUGCGAUGGCGCGUACCAUCUCCAGGUAUGGAGCCAAGCGUCGAUCCAUCAUCUGCGUGGUCGAGCAUCUCGUUGGUCGCACCGUGUGGAAUGCCAUGGGCCGCGUCGUUGCACUCGCGUCUUCUCGGUUCUGUCUUUGCGAUCGGCUACGUGGUGUUGCGAGCAGCUGCGCUGGAUGUGCACACGACCUACAUGGACGACGAAGACGAUAGCGUUGUAGCGAUGCGAGUGCGCUCACUUGCGCGGCCUUCUGCGUCGACGAGCGUCGUGUCGGUCGCCUUGCACCGACCGAGCCAAUGCCUUGCCAUCGUCGUUGCGCCGUCCACAGCCGUCUUUGCUUCCAUCGCCACCGACCACGAAGCGACGUAUACCACAUCCGAGACGAUCGUGGCGAGUGCAUGGCAUCCGCGUCUGCCGCAUCUCGUGGUCUUGACAGCGCAAGGCUCCAUCUACGUCGUGCAAGGCCAAUCGGGUACGCGGAUCAAAGCAACACUCGUUAUUGUGGCGACCUCAAUGCCGCCGGAUCUACAUAUCUCGAUCUUUGGCGACACCGACCGCGCCAAGCUGCUCGUGCACUCUGCCACGAUCAUACAGCUGUACACGCUCCAGGUCGCGGCGCCACCACCAUCGCCACCAUCGUCGUCGAUCCUAUGCACCUCGGACGUCCCUCCGCCUGCAGAGUCCCUCCGCGUCUCGGCCUUUCUCGAGAGCCCACCCACCGACGUCGACGCGGCCCUCGACGCCUUUCUAGCGUCCAGUGCACUUUGCAUUGCGACGCGAAGAGAACACGUGCUGCUCAAGCUCGUCGCGGUUGCGGUACACCCGCUGCAUUCGCGUGUGGCAUGCUUUUCGAUCCGGAGUCUGGUCUUUUUCCUCCUCCACGUGGCGCUGCAUGCGCCAUUGGACUGCAUUGAUCGACUUACCAACUUGCUUCGGGACGCACCGCCGGCCGACCACUGGGCGCCCAAGUACGCCAGCCUCUUGGGGCAGCUGCGAGCUCCUAGCCGCCCGCUACCGUACGCCCCGGCCAUCGCUACAUACCUCGCAACCUUGGAUGUCGACCCGGCGCACACGAGAGCUCUCGGCAGUUAUGACGUCGCGACAUCAUGCCGCCUCGCCGACGUGGCCUGGCUCCGGCAGCAGCCCCACGACGUUGCGUACCUGCAAGCACUCGGCUGCGUACUUGCAUUGCACUACCUGGGGCUCACACCACACAUGCUGCUCGGGCGGCACCUUGUGGCGCUGAGCUUGUGGGCCGAGCUACCCCCCGUCGCUCAAUGGUCCCGCACCGCGGCGCUCCAACUCGUGGCGAAACUCGAAGCGCUGUGUCAUUUUGUCAUUCAGAUCGGCGCGACGUUCACGACUGCAAGCACCGAAGCAUUUCUCCGCGACCUCUGCGCCGAGCGAAGAUCGCUCCACACGAUCGUCUGCUCACGGUACUUGGCGACCGUCUUGCACGUGUACCGGACGCUGCCGGUGCUCUCGGACCUCCACGUCGUCGGGUCGAUCGCCGACGUCGACGGCCUCCACACCGCGUCGCCGUUUCUCGCUGCGUAUCGGGUCGAUACCAAGCGCACCGUCGCGGUGGCCAGUGCACGCGAGGCCGCUGCGAUCGCCUUUGUGGUCCGGCGACUCCACGCCGUGCGCGCCCACUUGGCGGCUAGCGACCACGGUCUGCCCUGUCUCUUUGCCGUGCUUGGGGCCAACGCGCCGCCGUUGCACCAUGUGGCCAAGCUCUUGCAGCCAAGUUUGCCGCUGCUUGGCCUCAAGACGUCAUCGCCAUCCACGUACGCUCCACGUGCGGCAGCAAUCGCGCGAACGAUCGUGUGGACGGUAUGGACCGCCGUGGCUCGAGAUGCCGCCGCAAUCUCGCUGCGCGCCAAGCUCCCAGGCGGCAUUUGGCACAUAAUUCGCGUGCCGACGCACGUCUUUGGCCUACCAGUUGCUGACGUUCGAAGCAUCCAGCUGGCAGCGCUGCAUGAGAGUCUAUCUUGGUCGUCGACGCCACUGGAGACGGCGCAUGCGCUGGCGUACCUCCGGGCGUCCUCGAUGGCCCCCACGCGCUUGACCAAACGCGAGCAGCGUCUCGUCGCCGAAGUCAAUCUUCGCAUUGGGUCCAACUACGUUGAAACCAAGCAAGUGUUUCUCGAGCGGCAGCUUGGCUCGUUGGGCGGCGCCCUGCGACUCGUCCGCGGCGACCCGCUCUUUUGGCACGUGUGCCAGCACGUGGGACUCGAUAGCAGCCCGGGCCGCGUCGUCGUCGUGGAAGAUCGCGCCGACGACGUGCAGAGCUACUCGGAUGCGAUUUCGCGCCUUGAAGUACUCGAGCUGCUUCACGCGCAGGAGAGCGCGCUCGCACACCAAGUCGUAGCCGUCACAAAGACACUUGUUCAAGGGAGUCGAGCCCCACCUAUCGCGACAAGCUGCCAAGCCACGGCGACCGACGCCGUGCCACAGACAACCACCGCCACCCAAGUCCACUCGGCUGCCGUAGUACCUCGCGUGCUCUUGAAGCUGCGUUCCGACACGGCAAUCACGACAUCACCCGUGACCCUCGCCAAGCGCGCGAGCUUGAAUUCGGUGAUACCACCAUCAUCGGAACCAGUGCCGAGUCGCCCACACAACGAAGCCCCAGCUUUUACCUCGAAACCCAUCUCGUCCAAGCAGUCGUCUCGUAAUGUGCUGCAGCUUCUACAGCUGCAAAAGGCCAAACUUCGAGAGCCAGCUGCGGCCCCUAGACCGCUCGAGCGCGCCCGCACGAUGGUGCUACCGCCGCCUGUCGUGCAGCCGCUCACAUUUAGCGGCCACGACCCGUCGACUGCCCAUCUCAAGCUCCUUCGAAAGGCUGCGAGCAUGGCCAGCGUCCCGUUGCGACCAAAGAGCUUUGAGCCUGCUGUGCCCAGUGCACGCGUCGUCCUCCCGAAUCCCAUUUCCGACGCGACGCCGAUCCAAGACGCCUGCAGUCAAACAGCAAUCGUCGAGGACGUCGUCGAGCCGCCUGCGCGUUUGGUGCAGGAUGGCGCGACCAACACGGUGCUUCACGAGGUCGUCGUCGACAGCACACAGACCGAGGAGACUCGCGUCGAAGCGCAUCGGCCGAUCCAACUCAAAAAGCCUCCGCCGUUCCCCGUAUUUGUGCAGCUGCAGUCCAAGACCCCAGCAUCCACGUAUCUGCACGUUGUGGAUCUGGCUUCGACGCCGCCGGUCGUGGCGGUGCCAUUGCAAGACACGCUUGCUGUUGCAUGCGAGGCCGUUGCUGCUGUCGAGUGCCCCUCCGAGGUACGCACGUCGACGUCCCCAACCGUCGCAUCGCCACUGGCCGACUCGCCGACCGCGAUGGAGACGACUCGAAGCCAGACCAGUGUCGUUGCCGAGGGCACGACAGCGACCGAAGCACCGAUCGGGCUCAUGCGCUUCUCGUCCAUGAAGCAGCAGCUCGAUGACAUGCGAAAGAGGCUCGCUGACAUUGAGCAGUUUGCCGACGCCAUCGAGUCGGACUUUUCUGCCUCGCACGAGAUGAUGAAUCGCAUCGAGGCGCGACGGCGCGCCAUGACACCAAGUGCGUUUGUCAAGCAACUUUCUGCCCUCGAGGCCACGCACACGCACCUUGCAUCGUCGAUCGCCACCACCAAGUACGCUACCGAGUCCGUCGCCGUGUACUGA